CAAUGCUUUGCAAGUUCAUUCUUCUGCACAGGGCAAGGACUUUCACUCUGUCUUUUCAGAGCUGCACUCGAGCUCAAUGGAUUUUAUUUAACCUUGGCUAUCUCUAGAUGAGUUGCAGUAAGAUAGUGUCUCAGUCUCUCAAGAGGUCUGGCUGGUUUGGUAUUAGCUCUGAGGAACAUUGACUUCUGCCUACUGAUUUGUUGGGUGAGAAGCACUGAAAACCUUGUCUGACUCAUUAAAAUACAAUCUGUCUGAGGAUGAACAUUGUUGCCCUAGAUUUUUCUGUCCUUAAGGGCAUAGCAAUGUAGAUAGUUCUAUUUUGAAAGUUGUAAUAUUGUCAACACCAGUAGAGAAAGUCAGACUUGCUUUGGAUGUCAGUUUCUUGUGCUUUAUUUGAAUCAAAUAUUGUAAUAUUGAUGGUCUCUUUAUCCUGGAUUAGUGUGGUCUGACCUACAGGAGACAGGUAGCCUAUAUUGUGGUUAACUGUGUGGUUGAUUGUUAUGGCUUUUUUUUCUCAGAACUUGCUAUAAGCUCUAAGUGUGACACUGAAGUAUCCAGUUGAAGAAGUAAUUAACCUGUACCUCGUUCAGUUAACUGCAUAGCUGCCAUUACUGAAUAACCUUGUUGGUGUAGAAGGUCUGUUUGGUACUGUGUGGUAUCCUUUGUUCCCAGUUUAUUGAGCAGAGAACCUUGGUCUUCUGUAUCAGGAGACUUAGAGACUUACAGUUAAAAAAAAAAAAGAAGGAAAUGACGUGCUAUGCUAUGAUAUGCAAAAUGAUAUUUUGUUUAGAUUGAACUGAGCAGCUACAGAGCUUUGCUGCAGCAAAUCUUCCACAUUACACUGAAUUAAGACAAUAUAUAGUAAAUUCUGUCUAAGCAACACGAGGAGCUGUAGUCAACAAAUGAACUUCGUUGCUCUAAGCUCGUCACUGUGUGCAUUGUGAUAUAAUGUCUAAAUCGCUAGCUCUAUAAUUGCCCUGAGCUCUGGCAAAACAUUUUGUGUGUUGCGUGUAAAUGCUGGCUAGAAGUCACUUCUGUGUGGCCUUGUUGCUAAAGCAGUUUCUUUGCAUGUGUUUGGACACAGUAUAGCACAGUUUGUCCUUGUACAACAACAGUUAGCAUGUGCAUUAGUCGGCAGCAUUAUUUUUGAGAACAAAUCUGAGUGCAUAUAUGUGUGUGUGUGGACUGGUUUGUCAGUAGCAGUGCAGGCAGGGUCACAGAGGAGCCAUUGAUCAAACAGUCACAGCCGCACGCACACACACAUUUAGACAUACAAACACAAGUUUUCAAUACACAAUGAGGCUUGUCCGAAGCUCUGUUCGCUGCCACCUCCUUCCUGCCCCUUACUCUCUUGCCUUGCACAGCCUAGUUCUGGUCCUGCUCUGUAUAACUCCCCAUUGUCAGGCAGUGCAAGCAGAGAAUGUAACAGUCUUGGAGGGGGGUACGGCUCAGAUCUCCUGCCGCCUGCAGAACUACGAUGGAUCAAUCGUGGUCAUCCAGAAUCCCCGCCGGCAGACUCUCUUCUUCAACGGCACGCGAGCCUUGAAGGACGACCGUUUCCAGAUGGUGCUCUUCACGCCACGACUGGUUCGCAUCACACUGACCAACGUCAGCGUGUCGGAUGAGGGCGGCUACUUCUGCCAGCUCUACACGGAUUCCACACACCACCAGGUGGCAACACUCUCUGUCUUGGUUCCCCCCGAGAUACCCACAGUGGAGGUGAAGCAAGAGGGUGUGGAGGGCGGUGAGGCGGAACUCACCUGUGUGUCACCACGCAGCAAGCCUGCCGCCACCCUGCGAUGGAUGCGUAAUGGCCGGGAGAUACCAGGUGUGAUAUCCCUGCAGGACAACGGGAAGACAUUCAGUGUGUCCAGCACCAUCCGCAUCCCAGUAGAAAGGAAAGACAAUGGGGCGCCCCUGAGUUGUGAGGCAUCCCACCCUGCACUUAGUGGGCAAAAGAGAGUUCGGCAUUAUCGCCUAGAUGUGUAUUUUGCACCUACAGUCCGAAUUGUCCCUCCUUCUGGAAUUUUGCGAGAGGGCGACUCACUCACCCUCACCUGCUCCAUCACUGGGAAUCCUCUGCCCCGAAACACUCAGUGGUCCAAGAUUAAUGAUACCUUACCCGAGAGGGCAGAGAUUUCAGGCCCCACUCUUCAGAUUUCCCGUCUCAGCCAAUCACACAACGGGACAUACUUGUGCCAGGCCCAGAACAACUACGGACGUGCUGCCGAUCACUACACCCUGUUGGUGUACGAUCCCGGUGCAGUAGUAGAGACUCACAGUGCAGUACCCUAUGCAGUGAUAGGUGGUGUUCUGGCACUGCUGGUUUUCACCGUCAUCUGUGUACUCAUCGUCACCAUCUGGUGCUCCGUCCGACAGAAAGGCUCAUACCGUACACGAGAGCCAAUUCUUGCGUGGUAUUGACCUAACAAUCAAUUAACUAAUGAAUUAAUCAGUCAAAGGUUCCUAUCUUACCCAUGAGGCCAGUGGGUUGGAUGAACAUGGUGAAGUGCAGGAGGCCUUCCUCAAUGGGAACGACGCCAGCCAGGGCAAGAAGGAGUACCUACUGUAGCCCUUCUCCUUUCCUAUUCCCUUUUCUUCUGACCUCAUACCCUUACCCCUUCCUGUCCUUGUGUCCCACCUUAUAUACAGUAUACACACAGACGCACACACGCACACACACACACACACACACACACACACACACACACACACAAAAUACAAUGCGCCAUAAGAGGCGGCCUUCUGAAAACGACUGUAUACAGAUACCGCACACAGCCGAUCCAUCCUGUUCCAAGCCACUCCAUAUCCUUCAUGUAUACAGACAUAAAAUAGGAAACAGGCUGAGAAAAGAGAGCCUCUAUACCCACCAGCCAUUAAUGACUGUGCCAUAUACUGUAAGUUGGUGAAACUGAGGAAAAUAUAGAGAGUGAGAGCAGGAGAGAGAGGGGGCACAGGGUGAGGUGAAUGUAGACAAAAGCGAAAUGAUGCCAUAAUUAUUUUGAUUGAGAGGGAAACAGGGAGCACAAAGAAAACCGGCACUCUGCCUGUGCAGCCGCCAAAGUGGAAAGGGAAUUAGAGGCAGAUGACUGCUAUAAUUCCCUGCCUGGAGAAUAGAAGAAUCCAUUUCACAAAGCUCAAUUUUUAACUGACGGAGACAGUGGGAGCACUGUGUGAGGAGGGAGAGAGGACAAAGGGGAGAGAGAGAGUUGACCAGGACCUUUUGAGUGCUCAAUGCUUGAAAAUGGAAUUUUUUUUUUUAAUUGCCCAACCAUCUUUGCUACAGAGCUUAGGUCAUAUAUAAUUCCCUAACAACACUAGAGUGUGUCAGGCCAGAGUCCCAGAAAGUAUCCAUACUUUAUCAGCACGCUAACCAUCCUGUUUUGCUAUCCUUGUUGGGUGGCCUGCCCAUCUGUAAAAAGCAUUUUUGUAUUGUUUUUUUCCCUCUCACUGAAACAGUGAAGGAAAUGUGGUCCUCUUUUUUUUUUCUUUUAAUUUGCUCUGCGUUCACCUGUUACCAUCCUCUCCCCUUACUCUUAUAUCUCUCUUUGUCCCUGUCUGUCCCCCCUCUAUCACUCCUUCUUUGUUGGCUCCUAAUAAUGAAAGGAUUAGUAUUGGGCUGCGUUCCCGAGAAAGAAGAAAGGAAUAUGACUUGCUAAGGCAUUAAAGAAAAGCAUAAUUAUUUUAGAAUGUCAUUAAGAGGAUAAAAAGGUUUAAAACGCUUAAUAAGAGGGGCAAGAGGAGUGAUAGUGAAAGGACUGAACGAGAGAGUAAAAUGGAUGGAUCUUUUUUUUUUCUGAAUGCUAAAACACAUAUGCAGAUACAUGCACACAUUCAUACGUACAGUAAACAUGUUGACAGUAUACAUAUCUCUGAAUUCCUUGUUUGUAUAAAAAAGAACUUCGACAUAAAUUAAAUUAAACUUUUAAGAAAUAAGAAAACAGUUUACUACUGAAAAGCAUUAUGAGCAACUAUACUAACACAGAAUACUAGCCUAUAGAGGUGCAAAGCCGAACAAACUACUGUCCAGUGAUCUUUAAAGAAAAUGAAGAAAAGAAUAAAAAAAAAUCAUUUGUCUUUAUGAGAAACCAGAGGUCUUAUUGAUUUUCUAUUAAUUAUUAUUAUUAUUUGAACAAUUAUGAUUGUUGUUACUGUUAUUAUUAUUGCCGUUGUUAUUAUUAUAAUUGUAAAUGUUAAAGAAAUGUACACUUUCCAUGGUUUGUUUUGGUUCUACUGUAGAGAAAUUGCUGUCAUUUUUCACUCUUUUCCUCUUACCUUUCCUCUCUUUCCCCAGUCUUUCUCUCUCUUUGUCUCCUGUGCCUAGUUGUCUCUUCUCCUGUCUUUCACUCUUGUUUAUUUUAGCGUCCAUGUGUCAUUGUUGAUAUAUAGCUAACUAUUUCUUUAUAGGGGAAAGAUACAAAGCACGACAAAAUAAAAAAAGAAUCAAAAAUAA